ACGGCCGGCCAGAAUGGGGUUGUGGGCGGGUUGGCGGCGAUGCUCAGUCUCCGCACGCAGACCUGUACAGGCGGCGCCACGGCGCAGGCGCAAAUCCUGGGCGGCCUCACACAUGGGACAACCCGGCCGGUUUGUUUAUAACCGGACCCGUGCCCUCAUUUCAUCACACUGCUCUGAGUCUCCGCGCUGUUCACAUCGGUGCUGCUAUCAGUGAGACUACUCGUGUUCGUUUGCCGACGCCUCCCUCUGAGAAUCAUCCCACCUGUGCUUGUGAGGUGCACACCUGGGCUUGUUUUUACCUGACCGUCUCACGACCUGCAGAAGCAUCUCGCUGCGGCGUCGUUUAAACCGGACUCACUUGAUCGGACAACUCCGUGCUCCUGAACCUACCUGUGACACUGACACUGCGGUGGCAUCGCGACCAAGUUGUACCCGCUCUGACUCGCUUGGACCGGCCCCAGAGAUCGACCGUCCACGUUCCUACCGCGUGUAUGCCAUCCCCACACAUGUGCUGAAUCGCUGUCAUGGCACCCAGCAUAACCUACAGUCGAGAGUGCGCCUACAGGUUCCAGCCCUACCCCACCAGCCCAAUGUCUUACUACGAGUGCGAUUCGAGUGUGAAGAUGAUGUCAGACUAUCAGUAUGAAGAAGAACCGAAGGACCUGGAAGAGGCGUGCCCCGUGUGCGGGGACAAGGUGUCCGGUUACCACUACGGCCUCCUCACCUGCGAGAGCUGCAAGGGCUUCUUCAAGCGCACGGUGCAGAACAACAAGCAGUACACCUGCAUCGAGAACCAGAACUGCGUCAUCGACAAGACGCAGAGGAAACGCUGCCCCUACUGCCGCUUCCAGAAGUGUCUGCAAGUUGGGAUGAAACUGGAAGCUGUGCGCACAGACAGAAUGCGGGGUGGAAGGAACAAGUUCGGCCCCAUGUACAAACGCGACCGUGCCAUUAAGCAGCAGAGAAAAGCCAUGAUGGCCCGCACAAAGUCCGAGGCCUCGCUGUACCAGCCCAUGCCCAACUGCCAGUACCAAACCAACGUCAACUCGGCCGUUCAGAACAUCCACGCCGCCGCCAAGGGGAUCCCCAUGUCCCCCAUGUCCACGCUGUCCCCCUCGUCGCAGCCCAGCACGGUCUCCAGCAGCUACCCCCCGAUCAUCCCCCCCGUCACCGCGACGAACUUUUACAGCUCCCCCAUCACCUCCACGAUGGAGAGGCUGCCCAUGAAUUUCCACCCGGGGAGCUCCUACAUCAACCACGGGAUGAAGCCCCACUCGUACCCCCAAAACUUCGCCAUGAAGCCGGAGAAGGACGUCUUCAGCGACCAGCCCUCCUCCUGCCAGCAGGAAUCCGCUACCUCAGUCAGAUCCUCCCCCCCGACGACGCCACCCAACAACCACCUCCACGGCCAGUCGGACAAAGAACUCAGGCUGUCCCCGGACCGCAUGUCGUCGGCGCCGGCCGGUAACGAGCGCCCCAGAACUGUUCCCAAGCUCAUGCAGGAGCUGCUGCAGUGCGAGCCCGACCAGAAGGUGCUGAGGCAGAAGCUGCUGGAGACAGUGGAGGACCAGAUGAGGCAAGGCGAGGAGCCCAACAGUUUUGUCAUGCUGUGCAAGCUCGCCGACCGAAGCCUGGUCUCCACGGUGGAGUGGGCCAAGAACAAUGCCAUGUUCAGCCAACUGGAGGUUGAAGACCAGAUGGCCCUACUACAGAACUGCUGGAGCGAGCUGCUAGUUCUCGAGCACCUCUACCGGCGAGCAGUGAGUGGAAAGGAUUGUCUGAUGACGUCCCAGGGACAGGAGAUCAACAUGUCGCUCAUCCCGUCGCUCGGGUUCGGGCCCAUGGACUGCACCGCGGAGGUCGCUUCCAAGCUGCGGGAAGCCAAGGUGGACUACCUGGAGUACAUGUGCCUCAAGUUCCUCAUCCUCUUCAACACAGACGUGAAGGGCCUGGUGAACCGCUCCAUGCUGGAGAAGUUUCAGGAGCAGAUCAACGUGGCACUGCUGGACUACACCCUCUGCAACUACCCCGAGCAGAACGACCGCUUCGGCCAGCUGCUGCUGCGGCUCCCCGAGAUCCGCCUCAUCGCUGUGCAGGCCGAGGAGCUCAUGUACCUGAAGCACCUCAACGGUAUCCUGCCCUCCGCAACACUGCUCAUGGAGAUGCUCCACGCCAAGCGGCAGUGAUCUACCCACGGGAGAGAGAGAGAGAGAGGGGGACGACGAGUCAGUAUCGGACUGCACAGGCACAAUCUUGCUAGAAACUGUUCUCCGGCAGAAGCGCUCGAGAGACAGACAGACGACUGGAAAAUUUGCUGGACAUUUUGGGCACCCGUCGCUGCGGUGGUAUGUCUCGUAGCGAACAUACUCACACUGGACAUACUCACAGUGAAAAGGAUACGGAAAGCUGAAGCACCUUCUGCGAUUGACACUGAACUUGGCUGCUCAGAAAGAAGCACAAACUUUCAGCAGGACAGGUCUUACACUGUUCAACAUAGUCAAUAACACACUCCAUAACAGUCAACAACUACCUACAUGAACAGUCAUGAUGUGCUGGGUUAUUUUGUGUUCAUUUGCAACUGUCCUGAUCAGAUUCAAUUCUGUAUACGUUGCGAAGUAACAUCAUCCAACAUACCAAAAACAUACCAUAAAGAUGAGAAUGGGUUACGCAGCUGCUCUGAUGUUCAGUGGCACUGAAGGUUUUUAACCAGCUCAAGUCUCUUCAAUGUUUGCAUUGCACUCAUUACGAUGUAACUGUAUGAUUGCAUUCUGAUUGUCUUCAUUACACGUAGCUGAUGUAGGAUGUUAUAGUAUUAUUUUUCUGAGCAAGAAUGGUCAGUACGCCAGUCAAAGAGUGCUGGUUCCAAACCGGGUAUAUCCACAUCAGGGUACAGUAGAAUUUGUACAUACUGUUAAAAGCCACAUGCAGUGCUACCUAUGUUAACAUGAAAGAUGCACUCUGAAGCGAGAAGUCAGUACACGGUAGUAUUUGAGCAAUCUGUCUUGAAGACAGGGUUCCCAAUUCAGGGUCAAUAUUAAGAUAAUAAGUUGAUCAUCAGUGACAACAACAGAAAACAAUCUCAUUCACACACACGCAUGCUUCCAACCAAGUUUCAUGUUAUCAGAAUAACAGAUGCACAACAUUAAUGGCAAUAUUCAAUGAUUAAGUUAGCAUUUAUUUACAGAGCAGUCUCUCUAUUCUAUAACGGUAAGAUUUUUCUGUGGUGUGCAUUAUGUAAAAGGAACAGGGUUGCGUUGUAAAAAAGCUGAUCAAUUUUAGAAAUUGUUCAGUAGAAUUGUGUAUGGAUCAGCAGCAUAAUCUAUCGGGAUGUAAGAUAAUAUAUAAAUAUAUAUAUAUAUAUAUAUACAUGUAGUGGACUUGAGCACAUACAGAAGUACCAUAUUUUCAUGAUGACAGCUGACACACACACCCGAUGUCCAGUAAACUUUUUCACCUCUUGCCACAAGUGACCUUAAGAACUAUUAGUCCAACAUCAAGUCAAUCCAGUAUACAUGAUUGUACCAUUACUGCUGAAAAGAGUUAUUCGAAUCUAUCAUCAUAGUGUUUUUGGACCAAAAAAAGACUCGUUCUGUACUUAGACAGUCAUUGUUCUUUUUUUUUCCUUAAUUCACCACAAUGGUGACUUCUGAAUGAAUAAGCUAUGACCAAUGUUUGCUUAGGUAUUAGUAUUAUGGCAUUGAUGGGUGGUGUGGUUUUGUGUUUGCUUUUAAAUUGUACAUUUAGAGUCAUUUGCUGCAACUUUUGAUGCUUUCUUCACAACGGAGACUACAACAAAAGGAACAGAGACUUGAAUGCACAUUUGUUCAUGUUUGACUGGACAAGAUUAUACGUUGCGGAAAUCAAAAUUUAAAAAGAGUCACUAGAAGAAACUAUCAGGAUUUGCAGUCAAUGUCAGGUGGAGAAGGUAUAACUGUUAAAAAAAGAAAAAGAAAUACCCGGUAACAAAACACAAAUUCAUAAUAUUCAGUGGUAAUGUCUAAGUAUCAUUACAUGUUGAAUGUUACAGAGGUUUGGGACAGGCUCUGUUUUUAAGUCCCGCUUGUAAAGCGACAAUGACAUGAGUGAUUGCUUAAAAAGUAAUUGAUGAUGUAAUGAUAUUAAGAUGUUGGUAUGGCAUUAGACUCUACGCUACUAUUGUAAUAAAAAAAACAGAAAAGGCUUCAACUUGAAUCGAUGUUGAAAAAGCUUUUGCUUACACAACACACUGUGAAACAGGAAUGGAAAGUUUAACUCUGUUCAUCCUUGUUCUGUAGCACGUAUUUCUAGUAUUCAAGACAACUUUUACAUACCAUAGUGUACAUAUAUACAUACUAUAUAUAUACUGUAUGAAGUCAAAAUUACGUGCAAUGUAAAAAAAGAUUUAACGGUUGAUGAUUUACAAGGUGGAUGCAUCUUUGGGUGCAGUGGGUAAGAGAGUUUUCAUUAGGGUAGGAAGAAAAAAGUUUUACUUGUAAAUUUUUUGUCUUUGAGAAGGGUAAGUUGUGGGUUGAGUGUACAAGCCUUUAAGAAUUGUGCCCUUCGGAGGCCUAAUCCUGUACCCCAGUCUUACAGUGCUUUUAUAAUCAUGCAAAUCACCAUUGGAAGAUAAUAAAUUGAUGUAUACUUACUUA